AUGCACAAUGCUUACUAAUUUCCAUCAUUAUAGCCCAAAAACUAUUUGUCCUAUUCUCGCAACUGGGAGCUGUUGAAGUAAUACCUAGAAUAAAGUAUCGUUUCGUACCAUUGCAAACAUGUCAAAUUCAGUAAUCCUGGCAAUCCUGAGUAUAUGACAGGCACAUUGAACAAAUAGGGAAAAUCCAAUGAAAAAUUGGCUCCUUUGAAUUGGUCGAAUGCCACCUCCUAAAUCAAAUAUACAAAUCCUAGACACAAGAGGGGAGUGAACAUCUAACAUAGAUUGGUCCCAAUCUAGCGAGAUUAUAGAGCAGCAUUUUUAUAAAAUAAAGCUCUAAAUUAAUAACUCUUCUUCAUUUAAUUUAAUAUGCACUCUAACAAUUACAAAUCUAACUUAAAGAACGAUUUCAACGAAUAUUAUUCUGGCCAAUCAAACUCAACGCUUCCCAGAUUUCAAUUAAUGAAGGAAUUGUGUAAGGGUGGGGAAUAGAUGCAUGAAUUCAUUCCAUUCAUUCGAGAACGGGAUCAGAUGAAUCGUUUGGUUCGCAUCAAUUCAGAGAAACAUAAAUUGCACACCAACACUUCCAGAUCCCCCUCCAAUAGAAAUUGCACUCCUGAUCAAUUUUGGCAAUACAACAAAAAUCACAUCAUCCCAGAGAAGAGAAAAAAGAUGAGCUUCAAAUUCAACUAUCAAAUCAAAAUUGACCAUAAAACUGAGGCAAUGUUGAAACUUCCCAGUCCAAAAACCGAAAGAACUCUAAUUUACCCUCCCAUUGAAACAAAGAAGAGGGGGAAUAACCGAUUGAUCAAUCCUAAUUUAACUGCACGGCAGAGUGAGGAACCGAGGAAACAGCAGAUGAAGAUUCCGCUAGAGAUUCUGCAGCCCUACAUAAACCAGGAGAUGGAACAGAUGAAACAAGAUCUCUUUUUUAAAGUAGAUUAAGAUUAUCAAUUCCCCAGUGAUUUGAGUGAGAAAUUGAUGCAACAAAAAAAACAUAUAGAGAAUCUGAGAAAAAGACUCAGGGAGUGGGGUGAAAUGAAAACCGAAGAAGAUAUUGAAGAUUUGAAACAGCAUGCUAAAUUCAUACUUUCUAAGAAUUCUUGA